CAUUUCCAGACCAACAGGAGCAGGUUUCUAAUUUUUUUCCUGUACGGCUUGGAACUAUCGAAAAAUUAGUGGCGCCUAAAUUUUCGGAGCAUUUAUAGGUAUUUCUUCCAGGAUCGUCGAACCACCCCUACCACCGAGAGCAGCUGGAGCCGUAGUGCUGGGUUUCCUAUUCCCUGCUAGUUUUCUUCGUCACAGUACUGUGGAAAUUUCCGCUGGAAACAGUCAUCAGAAGCUACAAUGGUGCUGUGUACAGAGGACGUGCUACUACUAGCUCUUCUUAUCAAGAAGAGAAGGAAAAGAGUUAGGAGGUUUCGGAGGCAUCCUAUGCUGAUGACCAGACAUAGUAAAGGACUGUACUAUACGUUAUUUGACGAUCUUUGUGCAAGUGGAAGUAAGUUUUUUAAUUAUUUUCGAAUGUCAAAACCUUCGUUUGAUGAACUGCUGGGACACAUCAAAGAUGAUAUCACUGUGCCAGAUACCCCUCUAAACAAAAGCAUCCCUGCAGAAGAAAAAUUGGCUCUCACAUUGAGAUACUUUGCUACUGGAACAUCAAUGACCGAUCUGCACUUUCAGUACAGAAUAAGCCAGCCUACGAUAUCUGUGAUUGUACGCCAAGUUUGCAAAGCUAUUUGGAACAGAAUGAGACAAAUCUGCUUUCCUACAUUGACAGAAGAAUACUGGCUGAAAACUGCUGCUGCGUUUUAUGAGAAGACGAAUUUCCCUCAUUGUUUGGGAGCGAUUGACGGCAAACAUAUUCGAGUCGUAAAACCGGAAAAAAGUGGAUCUCUCUACUUUAACUACAAGAACUACUUUUCCUUAGUACUGCUUGCUAUGUGUGACUAG